UUCCGGGGGCGGGCUCUGUCACGACGCAUUUCCGGUCCUCCGCGGAGGGCGGGGCUGCGGGCGACGCCGUUGCCGUGGCAGCGGCCGGGCGCCAGCUAGGGUUUGCUGGGGAUUCCAGCGGCGGCCAGCGAGCCGGCGUCAGUUCGAUGAGCCGACCAGACCCAGGGGCUGAAGCUGCGACGCCGGAGCCUGGCUCCUGCUGCUGCUGCAGAGCUGUGCCAGCUACUUGGAGAACCUGGGCUCUGAGCAGGUGAUGCCCCCUGCCCGAGCCGUGGGGCCUUGCAUGUCCGUGGGGCUCACCGUGCGGCGCUUCUGGAACAGCCUGCUGAGACUGGGCAUGCUCUACCAGCCCAUGCCCCCCCAGCCACCCGGCGGGAAAGACCUCUCUCAACAGGAUGGGAAGGAAAAGAACGAGAGCAGCUUUGGUGACAUGAGAAAAAGGGCAAACCCAGGGGACACCCCCACCUCCAAGCCCACAGCCAAAGGGGAGCCAGCCAGGAGCCCCGAAUUGGUGACUGCCAAGUUCCUCAAGGCCACCACCCCCAGGCCUGGCCUGUCCCCAGCCGGCCAGGAGCCCGAAAGCCUCCCCGGGCGAGUGUCCCCGUGCUCUGCGGCCAGGACCACCAUGGAAGAGCCCCGGAGUGUCCACUGCCAGACCGUGGAGACGGCCCUGGUGCCCUGCGACGCGUGCGCCCGUGUGCAGGGCAGCCUGCAGGAGGUGGGCAAGGUCCUCAUCAGCCUGUGCAAGAGCCAGAACCUGCCGUCGGCCCUCGGCCAGUUCCAGCCACUCGUGCAGGACAGCAUGGGGCUCAGGCCCCUGCCCGCAGCCACCAUGGCCCAGUGGGCCACGGAGCAGAGCAAAGACCUGACGCACCUCAGCAAGCACGUGGGGGCGCUCACACAGCUGGUGGGCCCCCUCCGGGCCCAGCUGGAGGAGGCCGAGGCCCAGAAGGAGGAACUGAGGGAGCGGGUGGGCCAGCUGGAGCAGGCGCUGCGGCAGGAGCAGGGCGAGCGGCAGCAGCAGGCGGACGAGGCUGAGCGGCGCCAGGCGGCCUGCAAGGCUGAGCAGCAGAGGCUGCUCACAGAAACAAGUGACCUGAAGAUGAAGGUGACCACGCUGGAGGGAGAGCUGAAGCAGCAGCGGGAGACCACGCAGGACGUGGAGACGAAGGCCCAGCAGCUGCUGGAGGAGGAGGCGCGCAGGGCGGAGGCCGAGCGGCAGGUGCGGCAGCUCGAGGAGCAGGUGCAGCUGCUGUCGGGACGGCUGGACGGGGCCAGCCAGCAGAUCCUUUGGGCCAGCACAGAGCUGGACAAGGAGAAGGCCCGUGUCGACAGCAUGGUCCGCCACCAGGAGUCCCUGCAGGCCAAACAGCGGGCUCUGCUGCAGCAGCUGGACAGCCUGGACCAGGAGCGGGAGGAGCUGCAGGGCAGCCUGGCCGAGGCCGAGGCCCAGCGGGCCCAGGUGGACGGGCAGCUGCAGACCCUGCAGAGCGAGAGGGAGCAGGGGCGCUGCCAGCUCCAGGCCCAGCAGGAGCUGCUGCAGAGCCUGCAGAGGGAGAAGCAGGACCUGGAGCGGACCACCACGGACCUGCGGCUGACCAUCUCGGAGCUGGAGCGGGAGCUGGGGGAGCGGAGCGAGCGCGAGCGGCUGCUGGUGGCCUUCCCGGACCUGCACAGGCCCAGCGAGACCCAGAUCCAAAGCUCCGGCGAUGUCACCGACGACAUGGAGAGGCAAGUACAGGCCAACGGCAUCCGCAUCCGGGUCCUCCAGGAGGAGAACUGGCGGCUUGAGUCCAUGCUGUCCAAAAUCCGGGAGGUGGCCCAGCAGGGGGCCCUCAAGAUGGUCUCGCAGGACCAGCUCUGGCCACCCCCCAGCAAGGGGAUCCAGGGAGCGUCACCCCCCGCCCAGGCCACAAGGGUCUCCCCAGGGCCCCUGAGCAGGAGGGUCUCCCCUGGGAGCCGGACGGGCAGCUCUUCGGGCCGCACCCUGCCAGGCCAGCCCCGCUUCGGGUCCCCGCCGCUGCCCCCGCGCAGCUACCAGCCCAGCAGGGCCUCCCUCGAAGACGUGGCCCCCUCAGCCACGCCCUCCACCACAUGCACCCACAACCCCAUCCGGGCCUUGGCCAGGCUGAGGAGGAGACUCUCGCCCAACAGGGGCCAGGUGGGCUCCACCCACCCGCCCUAGGAGCAGUGGAGC